AUGGGAGCCCUAUCGAAGGCAGCUGGUGGAUUGGCAGGUGCGGCGGGCGUGGCAAAUGCGGGUGCUGGGCAAAGCAAACUGAUCCCGGAGCCCAAAGCAGAAACACCACGCGACCGCUUCAAGCUGAUGCUGGCGAUGAAACGAACAGGCUAUCCUGAUGAUCAUUCCCCGCAACCUGAUGCUGGAAGCCGAGCUCAGAUGGGCUUCAAAGCACUUCAUUGGGCGCGACAUGAGGUGGCAUCUGCACUACGCGCUAUGGAAAGCAUGAAAUUUGUGAAAGAGCAAGCGAGGGUAGCAAAAGCCAUUGCGGACAAAGCGGCCGUACAGUUGACCUAUUUGAUGGAGUCUCCCUGUGCCAGAGGUGUUGAUAGGGAGCCUGGCGAGUCUGCAGGGGCCUUGGGAAGCCGUGCCAAGAUUAUAUAG